AUGCAGCUUUCCAAAAUCGCUUUGGCUCUCGCCUUUUACUCCGGCAUCGCCGCGCUUCCAACCAAAGCCAAAUGUGCGCCCGUCGGAAACCGUGAUCUCCAAAAAAGAUUCACUGGUAACACUCAAAUUGCGGUAAACCAUGGUUCUAAACUUCAAACCCGUGCAGAAGAGAAGCUACAUACAUGUGGUAAAUGCAAACAAUUCACCACCAACAGCGCCGCCGAGUAUUUUUCCCACUACAGUCAGUGCAAUGGGAAAUUGACCGACCCACACAUUUGA